AUGGUAGUUAAUACUGAGGACAAAAAAGUUGUUUUCUUACCAGUCGAUGCCAGUGAUCAUUCUGCUCGAGCGUUUCAAUGGUAUCUGGAUAAUUUAAGAGGGGAAAACGAUGAGUUACACUUUUCAUUUGUCAUUAAACCAAUAUUUACAACACCAACAAUUGAACUGGCUAUGGCAUCUUCACCAAUAACCGAUAUUAUGCAGUCAACACAGGUGAACAUUGAAAAUGCAAAGAAACUUUUACAAAAAUACUUGAUAAAAGCAAAACGUUUUGGUAUUUCUUGUCAAGCAUUUGUUCAUGUAGAUGCUAAACCUGGACCAACUUUGGUAAAAUUCGCUGAAGAACAAAAAGCAGAUAUUAUAAUAAUGGGAUCCAGAGGACUUGGAUUAAUUCGUCGUACAUUACUUGGCAGUGUUACAAACUACGUAAUGCUUCAUACAAAAACUCCAUUGGUAGUCAUACCGCCUCCAGUAAAAUAA